AUGAGUCGCUCCAUGGUGCACAAGCUGAUUAAUCAACUAUACACAGCGAGUGAGCACCUUUCUAGCGAUUCCUUUGUAUCGAGUGCAGCCUGCGACACUCUAAUACAGUCUCUACUACAACAGUUCUUUGUCAAGCAAGGCUCUUUGUUUUUGGUCACUUCUUGUCCGGCAGCACUGGAACGAAGCGCAGUAUUCUUUUUUGGGCCAUAUGGACCAUUCAUCAAAGCAGUCUACACACGGUCUCUGCGGUCCAUUACCUCAUACAAGGUUCCCUUAAGCGCCAUAUCACAGCUCUAUGCAGAGCUUGUCGAUAUAAAUUCUAUCCUGCUACCACGCUAUUAUCACUAUAAAAUGACUAAGUCGUCUGAUGGAGACAUUGUCUUGAACACCUUAGAGUAUGCAAUAGUUACGAUUUGCUCGGCAGGUAUCAACUGCAGAGUGAGCUCCAAGGAAGACAAUGCUACGGACAAGAUAAGGACAACACCAUACAACAAGCUUAUUCUCGAAUACUUGCAGGCACUCCGCAAGCAGGACAGUAUUCUGUACAAACCUCUUGCGAUGGAAGACGUCCAGCGGGCAGAUGAUGUCUCAAUGCAACGCUCCUGUACAAUCUCCUUUUCACCCUUUUCAGUAUCUACGUUUCCACGAACAGUCGGCGACCUAUUCAUCUCUCUGGCAUGCGAUUGUUGGUUUGCUCGAAACAUCCCCAUCAGUACGGCUGAGCAGAUCUCCGUGCCACUAGAGGCCCUAAAGGAUUUCUGCCAGACUAGGGAGGUUUCCCCAGAUGCAACAGCGGAGGAGCGGGCCCUUCAUACCCGUGCUUUGGGGUCCAGCCACUACCGUACCCUGGCUUACGACUGCACUGUGAGACCUGUCACCGAUAGGCCUUGCUUCCUCACAAACAUACUUGACCUUGCAUAUAUGUUCGCUCGCUAUGUUGUCUCUCCUGCCGCAUCUCUCAACUACGGGGCUCUAAACACAAUUAGCAAUAUCAUGGAAUCGACAAGGCAUGCAAUCCUUGCUGAUUGGCAAGCAGAGUGUCCUCCCUCACAUACUGUUGAUCCCUCCCUGGUAGCCGGGGGCCGCAAGUCUAUUUACACACCAGACGACGCCAUGCUCCAAAAAUCUAACUACCUGUAUGUUAUGCGCAAUGGCAGUGAAGCAAUUCUGAGCUAUUUCGUAAGAACUAAUGGGGUGUCCAAUAAGCUAGAGGCUGCUACAGGAAAGAGCUUCCUUCGUCGCUAUGCGCCGGCCUUCUCAGAAAUCGUUGAGACACGUGUUCUCCCUAUAUUCUUCUCCUUCCUUCGCUCGCUAUUCCAAGGAGAGCCAGUAGUUAAUAAGGUUUACCUAUACUUAUUAAUGUCGCGAAUAUACGGGGAGCUUCUCUGCUUGGACCCUUCCAAGCUGUCUUCUGAUACUGAAACAUAUUUAACCGAUGAGUCUGCAGAGUUGCGCUUGUCCAUAGAAGACGAACGGAGACUCAGAGCAGCCAUAGCAAUCCGGGCACCCUUUUACACCACACUUCUUGUUGAGUGGCUCCGCCAUGUGGCCUCAGUCCACAUCAAGAUUCUCUCAGAGACUACCAGCCUAAUAGAUAAAGGAGCGCUGCGUUAUGGGUCACCUCUAUCGUUGUUUAACUUAAGAAGCUUAUACUGUCAGAAUUAUUGCAAACCUAUUCAGCAUUUGGCUGCCUUAAGCUCUGUGACCCGCUGGCUUUCCCAUUCAUUUGUAGAACCGAUCCUGUCUUCACUUGGCACUAUUGCUUCGAAGAUCACACCGCUGGACAUAGAGGUUGAUGCCCUGCUUUUUACGGCGCGUGCCAGGGCGCUUAUGGUAUACGCUGCAUGUGAGCCGGUGCUAUGGAGACCUGCGAUUGAGAAGGGUUCAGCAGGUUCUCGCGUUGCAACUAUAGCCUCGCAAUUGUACCCUACGCCAGCGACAAAGUGUCUACUCAGUACUGAGUACUUCAAGAGGUCUGUUUCUGAAGCAUCUCACUCUCUUUUGGAGGACAUCCACCAUGUAUACUUUGCUAUGUCCAAGCAGCACAAGAUUUCUGGUCUGCGGUUUGAUUCUCGACAAGGCACUCGUUGCUAUCUAUCGAUAGACUCUGCUGGAAUGCUCACGGACAUAGCAGCACAGAAAGCAUACCCGUUAUGCACGGGCUACAUAGGACUCCUGGAUAUGGCACUGGCACACAGCGGGGAAGAGCAUCUUCCACACGACCAAGACAGGGCUUUCUUCAAGGAAUACAUGGACCAGUUCACACACUACAGCAGCAGGGUGAAGUCAUAUCUGUCUCGAUUAAACCACUCAAGCAAUGUUACCAUGAACAGUGUUCUUUCACUGCAGUCUGCUGUCUUUCCUUGGGAAAGGCUUCUGCUACGAUUGGCUGGGUGGCAGAGAGGGGUUCCUAUACUGAAGAAUGUGUAUAGCAUUUCACAUAUUUACAAUCUACUCUAUGCAGAUAUGACGAGGGGAUUUGCAGGCGUUAUCUCGUCAACCAAGCACGGGGUAUCACCGCGGAGGGUUGCUAAUAGGGGGCCCAGGGACCGGCCGAUGGACAUUGUCUCCAGCCCGGAGUACAAGCGAUUGAGGAAAAUCAGUGGAUCAUCCAAUGCUUUGAAGUAUGCAGCAUACUGCAUGUCUAACAGCGCAACAAAGAUCCUUGUCAAUUCUGGACUUCUAGAAGACAAAGAAGGGGAUAUGAGCCACAGUAUGCUGGCAGCUGUUCGUGAGUCAACGGGGCAUGUGUCCACAAUAAUCCAGCCAGUACGGCCCGAUGAAUUUGCAGUUUUGGUCAUUGCUUUAGAUGCACUGGCGAUGUGGAUCAAUUACUUUCUUUCGCUAAUAGUCCAUGUCCUAUAUUUAGUGCACAAAAGCCCCCGAUUGGAACGUCGCCUUGAGCAAGGGUUUACUCUUACGUUCAGAGUACUAGCCAGUAAGAGGCUCUGGGGGCUCAUCCUUCUUGUCGGACUCAUGGCGUGGCUCGUUCGCUUGCUUUUGCUUUGA